AUUAACAUGGCCACUGCUUGUAAGGUAGCUAAACUCUGCCAGGAGAAAUCUGAUUCUGAAUCAAAGAAUUCAUGUGCUGGGGAAGAUGAAACCCAAAAUGAAAAACCUAAAACAGCCUUCCCUCCCACUGAUGUCACACUGGAGGUAGAAGGAAUCGAUAUACACCUAAAUAAACAGGUGUUGAUGGACAAAUCACCCGUGCUAAAGGCCAUGUUUGAAUCUGACUUCAGCGAAAAAGGCAAAGUAAGGAUAUCUUUACCUGGCAAGAAGUAUGGAGAUUUUGUGAAUUUUUUACACACGUUUUAUUUCCCUGACUUCCUAGCUCCUAUAACUGAGAAAAACGUACUGGAAGUAGCAUAUCUGGCAGAUGAAUACCAAAUCAUGGACCUCAAAGAUAAGUGCGAAUCAUUUAUCAUAGAAAAUUGCAAACGUACAAGUGAAGAGGAAGACCAUCACAUUGAAACAGAAACGCUAGUGGAUUAUGCUGCUUGCGCGGAAGAACAUCAUAUGGCUGUGGCUCUUCCUUUUAUAAUAAAACUUUGCUCGAAACACAGUACUGAGUCACUAAAACAGGCAAAUAUUGAAACAAAGGUUACGGCUGAUACACAACGAAAAAUUCUGGAUGUUCGAUGCGCUUUUAUGGAACAAGAAAUAGCAUGCACCUUAGACAAAGGAGAACAAAAUAUUUUACAAUUAAUGGAACUGGCUUGGGAAGCUCAAAGUAAUGCCAAGAUGGCAAUGUGUGAAAACCGCCUUGUGGCUAAUUGCAAACAGGUCAACAGUGAAACCAUUAACAAAACGAUUGGAAAUUUUACCAGGGAAAGACUUCUGGAUUAUAUAAUCGCUGCUGAAAGAUACAAAUUGAAAAGUCUUUUGUCAUCUGCGGUCGAAGUAGCGUCAAAAUGCAAUUCUAUGGGAAUGAAAAAUGAAAUUAAGUAUAAAAAAAUUUCAAGUUUAACAAAAUACGAAAUAGAUACUAAACGCCUUAAUCUCCUUGAAAGAUGUGGUAAAAUAGAGAGUAGCUACAACUUAUUUCAAUCUUCCAAUUUUUAUAUCAGUUCUGUUUUUGGCACUCCUGCAUCCUCUAAACCUUUUGUAAAUUUUUAA